CUCCCCCGUCCACCACCACCGCCACCAUGAGAGUCGACGCGGCGAUCCUCGCCGUCGUCGUCGCGUUCCUCCUCCCCCUCCGCCUCCUCUCCCUACUCGUCCGCCUCAAAUCCACCGGCACCGCCGGCGACCUCCGCCGCUCCUGCACGUCCCUCGCCAUCGCCGCCGCUCUCCUCGCCGCCAUCUUCGCCCUCCCCCGCGACCUCAACAGCGGCCAAGCCAGGGAGUGCGCCGCAGCUGUCCACGAUGACGGCGACGCUGGGGGUGGUCUCCGUGGAGAGGUGUGGUCGGAUAUCGAGCAGCUGAAGCUCCAGCUCGCCAGGCUGGAGUCUCUCUGGGACAACAAUUCAAAGCCAUUGGAUAGGAAAAGUGAUGCUUUGGAGGAGGAUGUAGAGAUUGUGAGAGCGAUGGGACUGGAUAUUCAGUCCCUGAUCGAUGAGCAAGAAAAUAUCAAAGAAUCAUUUUGUGGCUCACAUUCUGACAAAAAUAUCAAAGCAAUGGAAGAAGAGGUUCAAAAUUUAUCAGAUGAAUCAAGAAAGAUGAACUCCAAUAUUCACAAUAUAUGGUCAAUGGUAAAGGAUACAGAUAAAAGAGUCGAAGCUCUACAUUCAGAUGUUAAAAUGGUUCAGGUUCUCUUGGAUGAACCAAGGCAGAUGAACUCCGAUGUUCGUGAACUAUGGUUAUUGGCAAAGGAUACAGAGAGAAGGGUAGAGGCUCUACAUUCAGAUAUGAAAAAGGUUCAAAUUCUAAUCGAUGAAUCAAGAAAGAUGGAGUCUAGUAUGUACAAAAUGUGGUCAUUUGCAAAACAGACUGAAAAAAGGGUUGAAGAUCUAUAUUCAGAUGUGAAAAAGGGUUUCAAGCAGAAGGGAAUAAAAGUUCCAUCCUGGAUGGAUUGGUGAUCUUGAUGGAGUAAAUAUAAAAGCUCGCACGGUGUUGUUUCAGCCCCAUGUAUAUAUUGCAUCCCCUGCUAUUGCAACACUAAUUGUGCCUUGUGUAUGUCUGUGUGUAUAUAAAUAUGCCCACAGUAGCUUCUUGACGCCAGCUUAUUAUGUAGUUGCGUGGCCUGAUUUGCGUACAAAUUGUUUGACGAUUUUACACUGCCAUGUUACUGUACAUAACGUCGCCGUUUGGUAACGCGUGACCACAAAGACUUCAGUGGCUGUACAUAAGUUUUGUGUUCAUCCAAUGUUUUGAAGAGUUCAAGGAUAAUGAUAGCUGAAGUGUGGAAUUUUCUGGGUCUUGA